UCGGUGUCUCCGGCCCCUCUGCGGACUCCGGUGAGAAGCCCACGUAUCCGCUGAGCGACGGUGAAGACUCCUACAGGCCUGCUCGCUAUGCCCGCGUCUCAGCCCCACGCCUGAGUCUGAGGGAUUGUGGCUCGGGAGAAGCUACCCCCAGAAGCAGCUUCCUGCACUCGUGUAACAUUGAAUCUCGCAGCCCAUUACUGAAGGCUGUGAGCAUCGGGUGCCUGGAUAGAAACAGGCCAGCCGACAAGGUCAAGGGAGCCGGAGAUCAGAAGCAGCUAGGGGACGAUUGCCCCGAGGGUCUGAGCGGGGAUGGGAUAGGAGUUAACCCAGUCAAACGCAGGGCGCUGUCUUUGGGAACCGCCACUGCAAUCCGCAACCUCUCGCUCAGCAGAACCAGUGUACGGUCUCAGACUCAGGACAUCAGGCAGAAGAUUUCAGAAUGGGAAUGCAGGAAGGCAAUGUCUCCCAGGCACAGUCUGAUGCUGGACAAGAGAAAGCUUGGAGAUAGGGGUAGCAGUGAGGGCUGCCCCAGUGUGCUGCCUUCACCGUGCAGCGAAAAAACCUUUGAUCUGACGGGAUUCAGAACGAUGAGUAGGUCAUUCUCGGAGUGUUCGUACCCUGAGACUGAGGACGAGGUCCUUGAUAAAGAGCCACUGGCCAGAUAUGAGAAAGUGCUUGGGAGAACCCAGUCUCCUAACACUUUCGUCAAAGAAUACUCCAGGAAACAGACUUCUGCCGUACUGUGCAGGAUUCAGAAAAUUGAGCAAACUCUCAAGGAAAGCCCCAAUAAAGACCUUCCACAGUUGCCCAGCAGCUGCUAUGCGAAGGAACUACUGAGGAGAAAAUCUUUAGCCUUGAGUGUAUCGGAGGAUGUCCGAGAGAUGGGGAGCAUCACAAAGUGCGGCAGUGCUGACCCGGAGCUGACAGAGGCUGACUCUGACCCUGUGCUGGAGCAAACCCAGGUGCAACAAGAGCGAGGGCAGGGCACAGACAGUUCUUAUCACAAGCCAGGACUGCCCGCCGAGGAGUCGCCCGGCAUUGUGGUCAACCCUGUGCCAAAACCCAAACGCACCUUUGAAUACGAAGCUGAUAAAAACCAUAGGAGCACUCCCAACAACAGCCUACCUCCCACCCCACCCCCAGCCUCGCCACCUCCUCUCCCUUCCACUCCCGCCCCUCCCGUCACCAGGAGACAGAAAAAAGAUUUAAACCUUCACAGAAAGAUCCACAACAGGAAAUCUAAGGAGUUUGAAGAUGUAAUCAGCCUUCGGUCUUCUCAACCCCCCUCCCCUACUGAAAAUGGUACGUCUUCCUCUCCUCUGGAGACACACAGCAGAGUCAGUUCAAAAAGCACUUUAGGAGAAGAGAAUGCAUACGAAGACAUCAUAGAUACACCCAAAGAAAGCCCUUACGAAGAUGUGGAGCUGAAAGGCCGCUACCCUGGCAGAAGGUCCCAGCUGUCAUCCGAGACCUCCCUCGAGUCUUUGCACAGGAUGUGGUCUCCUCAGGACAGGAAGUACACCACACCUCCCCAGCUGCCUCCGAAACCCAGCAGUCUAUCAUUGCGUCUGACAAGUACAAUUGACAGGAAGACGCUUAGGCUCCCGCAACUAUCCAAAAGGCACAGCCAUGAUGACGUGUUACUUCUGUCCCACCUUAGUGUGCCCUCCUCCCCAACCAGCCUCAACGAUGACAGCGUGAGCACAACCAGCGAUCUGCUCUCUUCACGUAGGUCCAGGAGGAUUCCCAAGCUGGUUCAGAAGAUUAAUGGCAUCUAUAGUGCGAAGAGAGGGAAGAAAAGGCUGAAGAAACUGUCAUUGUCGAAUUUUGAGAAUGCGUCUCUGCGAGAUGAGAACAGUGAGAGCGAGAGCGACUCGGAUGACAGGUUUAAAGCACACACACAGCGCUUGGUGCAUAUCCAGUCAGUGCUAAAGAAGGCGCCCAGAUACCGAACAUUGGAACGGGAACUCAUCGAGUGGCAAGAGAGAGAACUCUUUGAAUAUUUUGUGGUGGUCGCACUGAAGAAGAAGCCUUCGAAGAACAGUUACAUCCCUGAAGUGUCCUAUCAGUUCCCAAAGCUAGAGAGGCCAACAAAACAAGUGCGAGAGGCAGAAGAACGCCUGAAAGCUAUCCCACAAUUCUGCUUCCCAGAUGCUAAAGAUUGGGCCCCCGUGUCAGAUUUUACCAGUGAAACGUUCUCAUUUAUGCUCACUGGGGAAGAUGGAAGCAGACGUUUUGGCUACUGCCGCCGAUUGUUGCCAAGUGGAAAGGGGCCUCGCUUACCGGAGGUUUACUGCGUUAUCAGUCGGCUGGGCUGCUUCACUCUAUUCUCAAAGAUUCUGGAUGAGGUGGAGAGAAGACGUGGAAUCUCUGCUGCCCUGGUCUAUCCAUUUAUGAGGAGUCUCAUGGAGUCUCCCUUCCCUGCCCCAGGAAGGACAAUACGAGUCAAGACCUUUCUUCCAGGAGCUGGAAAUGAGGUUAUUGAGCUGCGACGUCCCAUGGAUUCUCGGUUGGAGCACGUGGACUUUGAUUGUCUCUUCAGUUGCCUCAGCGUCCGGCAGGUCAUCAGGAUCUUUGCUUCUCUCCUGCUUGAGCGACGAGUGAUAUUCAUCGCAGACAAACUGAGCACUUUGUCUAGCUGCGCCCAUGCUGUGGUGGCAUUGCUGUACCCCUUCUCCUGGCAGCACACCUUCAUUCCAGUGCUGCCUGCCUCCAUGAUCGACAUUGUCUGCUGCCCCACGCCUUUUCUCGUGGGCCUGCUCUCCAGCUCGCUGCCCAAACUCAAAGAGCUUCCUGUGGAAGAGGCACUGAUGGUCGAUCUUGGAGCCGAUCGUUUCCUGAGGCAGGUAAGAUCCUCAACACGGAGGCGGCUGCGCGUGUACAGUGUACAUCACUCCGAAUGCAAGCGGAUGGACGAUGAGGACUCCCUGUUGCCACGGAAAUUACAGGCAGCUCUGGAACAGGCUCUUGAGCAAAAGAACGAGUUGGCGAAUCAGGAUUCAGAUAGUGAGUCCGAUGAUGAGACCAACACACUGAAUAACCUGGUCUCUGAAGCUUUCAUUCGCUUCUUUGUGGAAACCAUUGGCCACUAUUCCCUGUUCCUGACCCAGAACGAGAGGAGCGAGCGGAUAUUCCAAAGGGAAGCUUUCCGCAAGUCAGUGGCUUCCAAGAGCAUCAGGCGCUUCCUCGAGGUCUUCAUGGAGUCGCAGAUGUUUGCUGGGUUCAUACAAGACAGGGAAUUGCGAAAGUGCAGGGCAAAAGGGCUGUUUGAGCAGAGGGUUGAGCAGUACUUGGAGGAGCUGCCGGACACAGAACAGAGCGGAGUCAACAAAUUCCUUAAGGGUCUUGGAAAUAAAAUGAAAUUCCUUCACAAGAAGAGUUAGUUGUGUUCAGACUGUCUUGCGGGGUUUUGUGGUGAGAAAAACGGCUGAACCUCACACAAGAACUUUGUAAAUCCUUGACAUUUCAGGCAGUGGAUCAAUACUGUGGUUUCUUCCUGCUCUUCACCUAAAGACUGAAUAUAAUGGUAUCAGAGAAGAAUCCGAAUCUGCAACAAGUACACUUAAAACUUGGGUCAUCUUCAGUGCAUAUCGGAUUGUAUAUUGUAAAUAUAUCCCUAUGGGUAUUUUAUUGACCCGAUUUAGAAGUCAUUCCGCUGAAUAUCUGCAAACAGAUUGCAACAAGUUCUUUUCAUGCCCGAGACACUUAACAGGAGUAUGAAUGGUACAACGAGACAUGUGCAGAGGACUUAUUGUGUGUGUAAAGAGAAAAGCCACACUGAUGUGAAAAGGUGCCAUUCACAAAGAAUCCGAGUGGUUGGCGAUGUGAUCAGAGAACGAAUGUGGCCCGUCUGACUGAAAUAGCCCAAUCCUGCACUGUAUAGAAAAUAAUGAAGUAUCAAUUCUACUCUUCCUAUAGCUAAAGUUCUGAUUGUAUUGUUCAUUUUUCUUUCUGCAUACAAACAAAUGUGAUAAAUUUACACUGAAAAUAUGUGGUACUUUUUUAGGGGGAGGGAGGGGCUUCAAACUACAUAGGCUGUCAUGGAAGAGGGUGAUGAAUAAGUCACAAACUCCUUCAUGUAUGUUAUGCACUGCUGUAACUGAAGAGUAGCAAAGGGCUGUGCAGAGCCUUUAAACUCUGCCACUCACAGCAUCAUUGGGCAAGGCUCAACACAUUUUUUAUGUACUGCUUCUUUUGAAAAAAAAUAAAACACAUUGGGUAA